GAUGGACUAUUCAAAAUACACAACAAUUUGAUAAUUUUAUACGCUAACAAUCAGCUCACUUUAAGAGAUUUCAACUUGAAAGUCCUCCAUGAGCUCACUUUGCAGAAUACACCCUCGAGUUUUGGUGUUCACAAUGAGAAACUCCUAAUAGGAUACUCUAAUGGAUUACUAGAGAUAUAUUCUAUCAAACCACUUCAUCUGGUCAAGAAGAUCUCCCCAGUCGACUACAAAAACAUCCUUAGAGGUACAGAUGAGGGUCAUCUCGGUAAUGCGGUCACAUUUACCCACUUUGUCAGUAACAGCACGUUCAUCUCUGCCGAUGAGUCCUCGCGGGUGUUCUGUAUGUCCCUCAAAGGUCUCGGUUGGUUGGAGGGUCUUGAUAAGCAGAGAUUGUUUGGUAGAUACCCUCUUCCACCAUCAAAUCCUCUACAAUUGCCCGCAUUUCAUUCUAAAUUACUCGAUGUGGCUGUGUGCCAGCCUUACACGGCCAUUCUCACACCAACCAAGCUUAUUGUCGUAUCCUUGAAGCCUUCUCCGACAACCAUCUACAGGGUAAUCAAUGAGAAGCCUUCAGAUCACACUACAGGUACUUUAGCGUGGAAUAACAAUACCCUCGUUUUCAACUGGAGUAACACUGUCUACAAAGUCAACCUGGAUGAUCAAAUCACACAUUCAUCACGCGUAUACGACCGAAAGAUAAUGUCUUCUCAUUGGAUAGACAGUAACUUGAUCCUAUUGAGGUCUCCAACGACCUUUGAUUUGGUAGAGCCAGCAUCAUUAGAGAUUUUAGAAUCCCAGCCUUACGACACCUCACAUUUACCUAAUACACCCUCUUCAUUUCAAGUAUUGCGAAAAAAAUGUUUCUUCUUGACUGAGAACCACUUGUCGGUAGCAUUUUUGUUAAAUUACAAAGACAGACUUGGUAGUCUCGCCAAAGACGGGAAGUACAUUGAGGCUCUCCAACUAGCCGUAGCAUACUUCAAAGGCGAGGGUGGUCAUCGAUUGACUACACACUUACCAGACUCAACAAUGGAAAGACAGCCUCUAGUACAACCCUUUCUUAGCUCACUUCUCAAAUCAUCAACAACAUACCUGGAGAAGACCAUUACGGCUCAGUCUAAAGAGGCUUUGCGGUACUUGGCUAAGCAUAUGAUAGAAGCUGCCUAUCUUAUUGAUAAUCUAGACUGGUUGUUUAAUGAAAUUUUCGAUAUAUACCAAAACAACAAACUUGAAUACCCAUUUCUGGUGGAGUUGGAACCCUUAGUGAGAUAUGGAAAAUUACCAGUUAUACCGCCAAAUAUGAGUCAGUUGUUGCUGCGUUUGUAUGACCCUAAAGAUCAUCCUGGAAGGUAUGAAGAGCUAGUACUCAACCUAGAUGCUACCCAACUAGAUCUCAAUGGGGUUAUUAAAUCGACGAAGAUACAUAAAUUAUGGAAGGCUUUUAUAUACGUACACUUGACUGCGUUAGGCGACUUCCUUACUCCCACUCUUGAACUCAUCAACUCGAUUAGGAAUGAUCAGCAAGAGGGCGAUAAAGUUACAUUGUUCGAUUACUUGGGAUACACCCUGAGUGGGCUAUUAUAUCCAUCUCAGAAAGCCCUGGAGAGCAUCGAUGAUGAUUAUUCAGAGGAAGGAUUGAGCUUUAGAGGUAAAACUAGUAUAUACCAGUUGUUAUUCAACGGGAAGCUUCACUCAGAUGACAUUAACACGUCAGACAACUAUUCAUAUCCAUAUGUAAGGUUUCUCUUGGCACUUGAUUCAAGACUAUUCUUUGCAGUGUUAAACAGAGGCUUCGAAGAGGGGUACUUCAAUGACGAGGGUACAUCUCGUCCAUUAUCGCGUCAAACAAUAGUCAACCUCCUAUUAGAAAUGAUAUACACCCAAGAUUUACCAAUCGGUACCAUUACUCAAAUAGAAGUAUUUGUAUCAACAAACUUAUCAAAAUACCCUCAAUUCUUGAUGUUGCCAUCAAGUACGAUUUUACAACUCAUUAUGGGAUUAUCAGAGAUGCAAGAUGAUAGUGAAGGCAAUCAGGAUAUUUCAGGAGCUUCACAAAAUGAGCGCGAAUUAGCGGUCGAGAGUCUUUUAUCAACCUUUACGCCUAACUCACUGAACAAAAUUCUUGAUCAGCUUAUAGAAGUGUUUGAACGUGCAAAAUUCUACAAAAUACUAAAAUCUUCAUAUAGAACAAAGAAAGAAUGGAGAAACCUCAUCAGGAUUACUCUUGAAGAUAUUUAUGAUGAGGGACUUUUUGAAAAUCUCAACCAAACGUUCAAAUGGAGUAGAGAUGAUGUAGAGUUGUUUGACGUUUUUGAAACGUUUGUUGAUACGCUUAUACGACUGGAUGCUGAUGAGCUCGUCAUGCUGGUCGACAAGCAUUCUAAUGACAGUGACGAAGUGCAUACAAAUAUCGUGCAAUGGUGUCAAGAGAAGAGACAUAUUGUAGAAUACCUCGCAGCAGCAUUGCGAAUCAGAAACGGUGAAUUAAGCGAUCCAUUGAAAGAUAUCUACAUAACGGCUUUAGCGACUUACAAAAAAGAGGAGGUUUAUGGUGCUAUUAAAGCCUAUGACUUUAAUCACGAGUUGGUUGAUAGGCUCUGCGUAGAGGGUAACAUAAUCGACGCAAGGCUCUACCACCUCAACGCAGAGGGUUUACAUAAAGAAGCGUUCGAUUACCUGAGACAUAGUACCUCUGAGAGUGCUGACGAAGACACACUCAAGCGGGCAUUCAAAGUCGGAAUGAAGAUCGCAAUUGACUAUGCACAUAAUGGAAGUGAGGAAGCAAAUAAUAUGUGGUUCAUCGUUUUGUCAAGCUCUAUGACAGCAGUGAGAAAAUACAAUUGGUCGAAUGACAUACUCGAUGAAAUCUUAAACGCUGUUGUACUUCAUACAGAUUUGAACAAAAUGACGUUCUCGACGUUGUUCAGAAAGCUCGUCGACCACUUCAUGGUCGAGCCUAAGGGUGAAGAUAAACCUUACGAUCAACUGAGGAGUGUUCUGAUGUGUUUCAUGGAUAGUAUUCGCAGCAGACAGGAGAUUUUCAGCGUAGCAAGACGCAUUAUGGAUAGAGAUGCAGCUUCGAUCAUCAACGAAUACAGCGAGAAGCGUAGAAGUGGCUGGAGUGCAUCUGAGAAGUAUAGAAAUGAGUUGGAUGAGUUGAGGAAAUACAACGAGGAGAGUCGUAAGUUGUCUGAAAUUGCCGAAGAGCUCGAACAGCAGGGCGUUGACUAUAGAGAAAUUUUCGAGAUACCGCCUGUCAAGCAGCGUGUUGUUAAAGUGUAC